AUGACGAACGAGGACCGGGAACUGUUGUUGAAGCUGUUAAGGAAUUACCCCGACCUGUUGGAACCGAAGGAGGGCUGUCCUCCUGCUACGACUCUGGGUGUGGAACACCACAUUAACACGGGGAAUGCAGCACCAAUAAAGAUGCGUUCACGACGGUACUCGCGAUCCGAACAGGAAGUCAUUGACAAGGAAGUCGGCAACAUGUUGCACGACGGUGGGUAG